CUGGGUUCCAGGUGGGUCACCUUCUUCAGUCCCUGAGCGUGGACGAUCCUGCCCCUGGCACUACCAUGUAUUAUGCCUCUUAGUGCCCGUCGACUCUGUUCCACAAUGUCCAGCACGCUCCACGUUACACCCACAACAUGGGCAGUUGGUCCCUUGAUCUAGGCCUCAAAAGGCUGCGUCGGCAAGCAUACGAUGCCGAUUGUCAAGCAAUGUGGGACCAAGAUUGCCCCAGCCGCCCUUUCCACCGAGAUGUCAUUCUUAUAUAAGGCCUCCCGGGGCACCCUGGUCUUUACUCCUCGAUCACAUUCUCGAGAAGUGCAUUCUCACCAUGCUUCUACUGGGUACUACACUAGCACUACUCCUUGGGAGUAGACCGGUUUCCGCUGGCUCGCUGAAAGACAUCAAGCAUGUUGUGAUCUUCAUGCAAGAGAAUCGGUCAUGGAACAGUUAUUUCGGCACCAUGGCGGGUGUACGAGGAUUCAACGACCCAAAUGUCCAGGUCAACUCCGAUGGACUACCUGUUUGGUACCAACAAGUCGACCCUGAUAUGUCUACCGACACGAAGACUCUGCUCCCAUGGUAUCUUGGCUACCAAGGGGGAAACUCGACUGAUGCCAUCCAGUGCAUGGCGGCUGGAGACAAUGGCUACACGGACAGCCAUGCAGCACUCAACGAUGGAUUAAAUAAUCACUGGGCGCGCAACAACACGCCAUGGAGUUGGGGAUAUCUGAAGAGAGACGAUAUUCCGAUUCAGUACGCCAUUGCAGAGGGCUGGACGGCGGGUGACAUGUACCAGGAAUCACAAGUCACCUCGACGAACCCAAAUCGGGUCACUCUGGUGAGCGGCUCGGUCAAUGUGCCAGGUGGCCCCCAGAGCCCGGACCAGGGAGGGGUCUACAUUGACAAUAACGUAACCCCAGGGUGCGACAGCUACAACAUCAAUUGCUACCCACUCAAAUGGAAGACCAUCUUCGAAGUCUACGAAGAUGCGGGUGUUUCGUGGCAGGUGUACCAGGACAGAGACAACUUCGACGACAACCCUCUGGCGCGGUUCGAGCAGUUCCAAAACGCUUCAUCUUCUUCUCCACUGGCGCAAAAGGGCUUGUCAUAUCUGGGACUGGAGGGCUUCUAUGAAGCGGCUGCUAAUGGGACCCUUCCGGAGAUCAGCUUCAUUGUCGGCCCUGCAGAGCUGUCUGAGCAUCCGCCGUACAUGCCCAAAGAUGGAGGCUGGCUGCAAAAGCAGGUUGUGGAAUCGGUGAUCAACAGUCCUGAAUACUCGUCCACACUGCUCAUGAUCAGCUACGAUGAGUCUGGUGGUUAUGGAGAUCACGUGGUUCCUUACCAUUCGCCUAAAGAUACCCCUGGAGAAUGGAUGGAAGACCCGUAUGGAAUGUUCGGAAAGGUCUUUGUCGGACCAGGUGUCCGCGUUCCAUUCUACAUGGUUUCGCCAUGGACUCGCGGCAACCGGGUGUUCACCGAGCGAGCGGACCACAAUUCGCAGAUCCUGUUCCUUGAACAAUGGCUAGAAGCCAGGGGUUACGAUAAUGUGCAAACCCCGGAGAUGGUCCACUGGCGUCGAGAGCACAUGUCCAACCUGGUGAACGCAUUGGACCUGGAUAAUCCCGACUACAGUCUCCCCAAGCUUCCAGACGCAGAGAAACCCGGAAUGUCCGAUGGUUCUUACGUGGGUACUUCCAACUGCGAAGCUACAUACACCGAGCCACGCCCCACUGUGCCGUAUGGGAACCAGAACGUCUCUGAUUCCUUAUGGUUUGAAGACGGCUACAAAGAGUGCGUGGGAUACCUGACCGAGGGCCGGUAUCUCGUCUUCGAGAAGUCUGGAUACGCUCUCACCAACGGAGGAAAUGACACCGGGCUGAGCAGCAGCUCAGCCAACGAAGACCACAGCGACAAGAGCCAGCGAUGGGUUGUGCAUUAUUCCAAUGGCGAGGAGAGCCAGAUAUUCAAGAUCUCCAGUGCUCUGGAUGGCCAGUGGCUCGGAACAGACGGAACCCUGCUGCCGGCCAGCGACCGCGAUGAUGCCGCAGAGGUGAAGGUUACCUUCCGUGGAAACGGCAAGGGGUAUGAUUUGCAGUAUGUCAACUCAACUGUCAUUGAGUUGGAUGGCGACGGGACGUUGAGCACGAAUGCUAC